UGAAAUUAGCUCCAAAACAUUGAAUAGCCGCUAGCAAUAUCGAUAUUUUAUUUUCUCGCGGACUAACAUUUGUUACAGCAUGUGACUCAUUGUAAACAUGACUUAGGAUUCAUGAAACUACCGCAGAAGUCCCAUUCCCUAUUAUUAGUAACAGUGUCACGCAAUGCAACAUGGAAGUGGAUCACAGAAUAUGCAACGACAGCUUCAGAGGUCCAAGUCUGCCAGUGGGGCUGAAGCCGAGGAUCAGCAGCCCACCAUGGCAGUUACACAGCAAGCUACAGUUAACCAUCCUCAAUCUCCUUUGACCACAUUUUCCUCUGCGGCCAGCCCUUCAGCCCCCCAGUCACCCAAUUAUCAGAUAAUCAUGAGUCGUAGCCCCGUCACUGGCCAGAACAUGAACAUCACAUUACAAAAUGUGGGACAGAUGGUGACUGGUAACCAGCAGAUCACCCUAACCCCACUUCCUAUCCAGAACCCAGCAUCCCCUGGAUUCCAGCAUUCUACACCUCAGUGGAGGUUUGAGCACGCUCCAUCCUCGUACAUCCAGGUCACCUCACCUGUGCCCCAGCCCAUGCAGCCCCUAAGUCCAACCCAGCACAGCCCAGUCCCUCUGCAAGGUGUGACAAGGCCAGGAGCACCUGCAACAGCAUUGGGUGUGUGUGGACAGAGUCCAACACGAUUUGUUGAAGCUGGUAUGAUCGUGAGGCAGAUCAGUUUGAGCAGUCCUUCGGGAAGUGGCCACUUUGUUUACCAGGAAGGAACAGGACUGGCCCAGAUCACCCCAGCGACACCUGGCCAGAUGCAGCUGGCCUCUCCAGGAGUACCCGGCUCUGUGAGGGAACGCCGACUCUCUCAGCCUCACUCUCAAACUGGAGGCACCAUCCACCACCACGGACCUCAAAGUCCUGUAACUACGGGUACUGCUCUCCCCACUCUGGGCAGUCCUGGUCACAUCACCACUUCCAACCUACCUCCACAGAUUAGCAGCAUCAUUCAAGGGCAGCUGGCACGCCCGAUGAUAUUUGAGAAGACACAGCAGGGUGUGGUUGCUGGACUAGGAACCACAGCCACAGCAUCGUUCAAUAUACCCUCCUGCAUUACAACGUCGAGCCCAUCCCUCACAAAUCCACACCAAGGGAUCUCCAACAAUCCUCUUGUAUCCAACAGCAUGGCUGUGGCCACUGUGAGGAAACAGGUUCCCAAGAGGUUAGAGCAAAUUGCUCCUUCCACUCCAGAGAUUGCCCAGCUGAGAAAACUGUACAUGGAGCACCACACCAAGAAGAUGGAGAGCCUGAAAGAAGUGUUCAAAGAAUACCUGAUUGAGCUUUUCUUUCUGCAGCACCUCCAAGGGAACAUGAUGGACUAUGUUGCUUUUAAGAAAAAGCCCUGUGUUCCUCUGUAUACUUACUUGAGACAAAACGAUUUGGACCUUGAAGAUGAAGAGGAAGAAGAAGAACAAUCGGAGGUCAUUAAUGAUGAGGUUAAGGUUGUCACUGGAAAGGAUGGCCAAGCAGUGACACCAGUUGCCAUAGCAACACAGCUUCCUGCCAAUGUUUCUGCAGCUUUCUCUGUCCAGCAACAGUUUCAGGGACACCAAGGGACUCCUGGUUGCACCAUGACAAACCCUGGUGACAUGGAUGUCUUUAAGAGGCAACAGGCUAUGGUGCACGCAGGCGGGAUGCCGCCUAUACCUCAAGCGAUCCAGAUUGCAGGACAGAAGCAGGACCAGCAACAAUACGACCCAUCCAAGGGACCUCCAGUGCAGAAUGCAGCAAGCCUGCACACCCCUCCUCCCCAGCUGCCUAGUCGAUUGCCCCAAAGUGCCCUUCCUAUGUCAGGCCUGUCCAUGACACUCUCUCAGCAGGCUCAGUUAGUGGAGAACACAGCUCACCCUGGUGGUCAACUCCUGUCACAAGUGAAGGUGCAAACUGGUGGGCCUGUCAUGCCCACAAUAAACCCCCACACACAGCUCCAGGCCCAACUGCAGCAGCAGAUGCAGCCUGGUCUUCAUCUCCAGUUGCAGCCCCAGCAGCAACCAUCCCAGGCCAUACUGCAGUCAGGACAAGCGACGGUGGCACUUGCUCGCCCUGGUACUGAAUCAAACCAGCCAGUUCAGAGGAUUAUGACCAACUCGAUAUCCAUGACAUCCAUGACAUCCAUGUCUCCUGCUCCACUCUCUGUUCCCAAUUCUGUUCUAACCCCCCAUACUACAAGUCCGCUCCGCCCUCUCGGCUCUAACAUCAACCCAAGCACCCAGUCCAAACUGACUGGAACCAACGGUAUAUCUACAGUCAAAAUGGGUGGCUUUGGUCAAAGUGCGGCCAUGCAGUCCUCACAGGAGGGUUCUCAAGACAAACAAGUUGAGCAGGCCAAAAUGGAGAGUCAAGUGCAUCAGCGCAUCUCGGAGCUAAGGAAGGAGGGCCAGUGGUCAGCCAGUAGGCUCCCAAAGCUUGCGGAAGCCUCACGUCCAAAGUCUCACUGGGACUAUCUCCUGGAAGAGAUGCAGUGGAUGGCAGCUGACUUUGCUCAGGAGAGGAGAUGGAAAGAAGCUGCUGCCAAGAAGCUGGUUCGGACAUGUGCCCGUUACCAUCAAGAGCAAAAGAAAAGUGAAGAGAGGUCAAAGAAAGAAAGGGAAAUUCAUCUUCGUCACAUUGCCAGCACCAUCGCCCGUGAGGUCGAAUUCUUCUGGGCAAACAUUGAGCAGGUUGUGGAAAUCAAACUCCAGUUUGAAAUUUAUGAGAAGAGGCUCAAAGCACUUAGCUUACAAAAAGCCUCAACCAAAGUACCAGGUCAGUCAACAGGAGUGAAAGCUGAAAAAGAGGAGGUUAUGAUUUCAGCUAAAAAAAGAAAAUCAAGUUCGUCCUUAGUUGAUGAACACGAUGAAGAGAGCACCAUCGAGGAACAGGAGGCCAUGGAGGGGGAAUCAGACCACAAAGCAGAGUUGGUUGACCUGGCCAAAGAUGCGGAGAUGCCUCUUGAUACUUUGAAGAAGCAGUAUGCUGGUGCCUACGUGGACAGCUUUGAGUGGCCUCAGCCUAGUGAUGAGGAUGACAUGGAAGAGACUGAAGAAGUGGCUCGUCCUACGGGCAGCAUCGCUGAGGCCGUGUUGAUUGACUCCCUCCUGAGUGUGGACCAGUACCGUGGGGCUGACAAAGCCACUUCCUCUGAUAAGAAGCCUGCUAAAGACAUAGCUGAAGUGGCUGCUGCCACAGAGCUCAUCCUGCCCAAGGGCAGCUUCAGGACCACGUCCUCUACCCGCACCCCAGCUCCUUUUCUACUGCACGGGUCGCUGCGAGAGUAUCAACAAAUCGGUGUGGACUGGCUGGUAAACCUUCACAAGAAACGCCUCAAUGGCAUUCUUGCUGAUGAGACCGGCCUCGGCAAGACUGUACAGACAGUGGCUUACAUGGCGCAAUUAGCUGGCCAAGAGGGCAUCUGGGGACCCCACCUUAUUGUAGUAAGGACGUGCAAGUUGCUAAAUUGGGAGGUGGAGUUCAAGCGCUGGUGUCCUGGCCUGAAGAUCCUCUUGUACCUUGGCGACAGAAGGGAGCGCAGAUCUAAGAGAAUGUGGUGGGGGGAGGCCAACAGCUUCCAUGUUUGUGUAACAUCCUUCAAGCUGCUGAUGAAAGACCAGAGCCAUUUUGUGAGACGAAGGUGGAGGCACCUUGUCCUAGACGAGGUGCAGCUCAUCAAAAACAUGACUGAGAAACACUGGGAAACAAUAUUUGCUCUCAGAAGUGAGCAGAGGAUUCUCCUGAUCAACACUCCUCUUCAGAAUACUCUGAAGGAGUUGUGGACCAUGAUCCACUUCCUUUUGCCAGGAAUCACCCGGUCGUACUCUGACUUUCCUGUUAAGGCGGGUACCGACCAUAAUCAGGACUACUGCCACAAACUGGUCAUUCGCCUGCACCGGAUGAUCCAGCCUUUCAUUCUGAGGCGCUCCAAAAGGGACGUGGAGAAACAACUGCCCAAGAAGUACGAGCAUAUUCUAAAGUGCCGUCUCUCGACCAGACAGAAAGGCCUUUACGAAGACAUCCUCACUCAACCAGGAGCUCAGGAGGCGCUGAAGACGGGUCAUUUUGUCAGUGUGCUUCAGGUCUUGAUGCAGUUACAGCGAGUGUGUAACCACCCUGAGCUGGUGGCUCCCAGGGAGACCAGUAGCUCCUACUUCUUCUCCUCUCUGCAAUACAACGUCCCAUCACUGGUGCUGGGAGCUCUUCGGAAUGACUCGAGCAAGAUUGCAAACAUGUCCAUAUUUGAUCUGAUCAAUAACGAGAACAGACUGACUCGGUAUCAGACUGAAGAGGCGGUACCCAAACUAAAGAUCACUCAACAGCUCAUAGAGGAGAUCCACACUGGUCCAGAACCAGCACCACGACCCAAACCAUGUCCAAUAAAACCCUUGAGAUUGUUCCAGCCAGUGCAGUAUGGAACAAAGCCAGAAGGUCGCCUGGCUGCCAUAACGAGCACACCGGGCCAGCGUCCUCCAACCAGCUCUCCCGUUACUAGCAGCUCUGUUUCCACCACCAACCAGUCGGCCCAGGCCAGGGGCAAGUCCACCGUCACCACUGCAACUACGACAGCCACCACUCACGCAGUUGGAACAGCCACUCAGAGAGCCCAGACUACCCCUCCUGUCAGCAGCAGCAGCAACACUGUCUCUGGGAGCAGUGGCCUUGGGCAGCAUGUGUUGGGGGCUCCCUCAGUGGCCUUGGGCCAGACCUUAGCUGGCACAGUUGUGGGAUCUAUAGCUCCCAUCAGCCAGCCUGCAUUAGCACAGGUCCCCAGGCCAGCUCUAGCCUCCAGCCAUGCCGUCCAACCCAGCUUACUGUCCCAGAGGCUGGUUCUUACAUCUCAGGCCCAGGCACGGUUGCCUAGUGGAGAUGUGGUGAAGAUCGCCCAGCUGGCCAACAUAGCAGGCAGUCAGAAUCGUAUCUCCCAGCCAGAGACUCCUGUCACUCUGCAGUUUCAGGGUAACAAGUUCACUUUGUCCCCCAGCCAGCUGCGCCAGCUCACCACCGGACAGCCCUUGCAGCUCCAAGGUACACUCGGCAACAUCCUGCAGAUUGUGUCAGCUCCGGGGCAGCAGAUCAUCAGACCACAGGGAUCCAUGGUCAUGCAAACAAUGCCACAAGCUGUCCCUGCCUCCAAUACCUCAGCUACACCUGGCACACCUCACCCUACCCUGUCUACAGCCCAUCAAGCAUUGGGUGUAACAACAAAUGCCACAUCAACCCCCACGAAGCUCACAACUGCAACUCAUGCUGCUUCUCAGGAGUCUUCAGAAGAAAAGACUCAGCAGCUGAAGGAGCGUUUGUGCCGCCUGUUUGCAGCCAACGAGCGGCGUUGUAGCCGCAGAGUGCUGUAUGGGUCAGACCUGCUGCAGGCUUGCACUUUGAGCACCGAACCUGCUCACUCUGCCAUGACUGCUGGAGGCUGGAGGUGGGUGGGCAGAGAAAGCUGCCUCAGGGCCCAGAGAAACUGCGUGGCUACCACCUCUGCACUGCAGUCCACUCUGCUCUCUGUGGAGGACCGACUGGGGGCUGCCAACAGCCUUAUCGAGAGGUUAGUAUGCGUGGUGCCUCCGGCUGAAGCCACUCCUGCUCACCUGUAUGCAGCCAAUCCCCCGGUUCCCUUCAGCCUUGAGCAGAAAUCCCUUCGCCGUCGUCUCCAGGAGGCCUGCGCUCCCCACAGCGCCGAAAUCCACCACUUGUCAUCCAGGCCACUCCUUCGUUUUUCUGACCUGCAGUUAAUGCAGAUGGACUCAGGUAAAUUGGAAGCUCUUGCCAUUCUGCUGCAGAAGCUCAGGUCAGAGAGCCGCCGUGUCCUCAUCUUUACUCAGAUGGUGAAGAUGCUCGACAUCCUGGAGGCCUUCCUCGAUUACAGACAGCUUACUUAUGUGCGGGUCGAUGAAAGCUUCUCUCCUGACGAACGACAGGAGAAUAUGAAGAAGUUCAACAGGAACAGGAAGGUGUUCUGCAGCAUCCUGACCAACCGCUGCUGCUCUGCAAUUGGGUCUUUGUUUGAUGCAGACACCAUCAUCUUCUACGACACAGACCUCAAUCCCAGCAUGGAUGCCCGCACCCAAGAGUGGUGUGACAAAAUAGGACGUUCCAAGGAUAUACACAUAUACAGGCUGGAGAGUGGGAACUCCAUUGAAGAGAAGCUGCUGAAGAACGGCACCAAGGACCUGAUCAGAGAGGUGGCUGCCCAGGGCACUGACUACACCUUGGCUUUCCUCACACAGCGAACAAUACAGGAUCUGUUUGAGGUGGAGGCUGACUCAGGAGAAAAGGUGGAGGAGUUUGUGGUUCUUCACCAAGAGCCAUCGGCAUCUGAGGCCAUUUCUCCCAGAGUGGCUAGACCCUACAUCCAGGCUCUCCACAGCAUAAACCUGGAGGCCCUGCCCGAGGAGGAAGAGCAGCAGCAGGAUGAGGCCUUAGCAGGCAAGGACUCGACGGAGGACAACCAAGAGUCAGAGAGCCAAGCUAAAGAAGAGCCUGCUCAUAAAGAUGAGCUGAACGCCGUCAUGGAACAGCUCACACCAAUUGAAAGGUAUGCCCUGCAUUACUUGGAGUACCUCCACAUCAGUGACGAUGAAACUGCUAUCAAGGAGCGGUUGAAGUGCUCUAAGAGAGGCUGGGAGCUGAAGCAGCUGCAGAAGCUGAAGGAGGAGGAGGAGGAGCGACAGAUUACGGAGGGAGAUGAAGAUCUCUUCACCUACACCAGAGAGGAUGCCUACAACAUGGAGUACGUAUUUGAUGCAGAGGACGGCACUUCGGAAAUCAUGCCGCUUUGGACGCCACCGACGCCGCCACAGGAUGACAAUGACAUCUACAUUGACUCUGUGAUGAUGCUGAUGUAUGACGCCACACCCAUGCCAGAGUCCAAGCUGCCUCCUAUCUACAUCCGCAAGGAGCACAAAAGACUCAAGAUGGAUCCCUCAGCAGCAGCCAGAAAGAAGAAGAAGGGCCAUGGGGAGACAGUCAUUCCUCCACGAUCCCUUUUCGAAAAGGCCAGCAUGCUGAAAGUUCGCAGAGAGGGAAAGGACCAGAAGAAGAACUUUUCCCUCAAGCAACAGGCGCCCUUUGCCAAGCCCCUCCCCUCGCUGGUUAAACCUGUCAUGGAGGCUAGCCAGGACAACCCAGAGUGGCUCAUCAGUGAGGACUGGGCUCUGCUUCAGGCUGUAAAGCAGCUGCUGGAGUUGCCUCUGAACCUGUCAAUCGUCUCUCCUGCUCACACCCCGAAUUGGGAUCUGGUGAGCGAUGUGGUGAACUCCUGCAGCCGCAUCUACCGCUCGCCCAAACAGUGCCGCAAUCGCUACGAGAAUGUCAUCAUUCCCAGAGAAGAGGGCAAGCUGGUGUAUGAGGCAAACCCCAAGAAGAAAACCAAGAGCAUAUACAAGUCGAAGAACAGCCGUCCUCUGAGGACCUGUCAGAUCUACACUCAGGAUGACAAUGCCACUCACAUCCAGCUCUACAACAGCCGCUUUGAACUCAUGAAGAUUAUUGCCAGCAAGAGGAGCCCACCAAUCAAACCACUGCUGGGCAUGAAUCCAUUCCAGAAGAAUCCCAAACAUGCCUCGGUUUUAGCAGAAAGCGGGAUAAGCUACGACAAGCCCCUACCUCCCAUUCAGGUGGCAUCUCAACGUGCUGAAAGGAUUGCUAAGGAGAAAAAGGCCCUAGCGGAGCAGCAGAAGGCUCAGCAGUUGGUCCAGCAGCAGCAGGCUGGAGCUCCCCAGGCCCUGGUGGCCCCUGGCCUGGCGCAGGCUCCUGCUGCUGGUCUGGCUCAGGCCCAGCUCCCUCAGGCUGCCACAGGGGCUGCUGUGGUGCCUAAUGCAGCUGUUCUGGCUGGAGCCAUAAAAGAUGCCACUGUGGGCACAACCCUCCAGCCUGCGGCUGCAGGGGGGAAUGUGAUCGUGAACACAGUACUUGGAGUUCCUCCAAGUCCCUUCCAGGCCAACAAGCGCCUGGCGCCUCCAGUCACACCAGGCACCCUGUCUUCUGCUGGUGCGGCUGGAGCCCAGGUGGUCCACGCGCAGCAGAGGGCCGUUACGGCUGCAGCUGCCCCUGCCGAGGUGGUCGCCUUAGCUACGGGUCAGGGUGUUCGGGCCGUUACCCAAGUGACGGCAUCUGCAGUAGUUUCUCCCACUCUGAGUCCGGUGCAGUCGCAGACUCGCCCGCUGGUCUCUCAGGCCCCAGCAGCCACAGGUAUGCAGUUGCCCCAAGGAAAGACUCUCACCCCAGCCCACCUGCAGAUGCUUCGACAGCAACAGCUGCAGCAGCAUCAGCAGCAGCAGCAGCAGCAGGCCACGUCCCCGCAGAUCAAAACUGUAGGCAAACCGCAGGAGUUGUUGAAGAUGCACAAGCAUAAGUUGCAGCUGCAGCAGCAGCAGCAGCAGGUAGCUGCAGCCCAGGGCCAGCAGGCUGCCGGGGCCCAGGCCACCCAGGGGCAGCAGGCUGCGCAGGCUGCCCAAGCCAAUCCUCAGCUAGCAGCUGUGGCAGCACCCAGACCUGGAGCCGUGCUGACCGGCACGACCGUCGCCAACCUGCAGGUGGCCAGACUGACUCGAGUGCCAACUCAGGGUCAGAUUCAAGCCCAGGCGGGACAGACGGCCCAGGUGACCCUCAGCAAGCCUCCUGUGGUCUCUGUGCCUGCCGUUGCCUCAUCGGCUGGGGUCACCACUCUGCCAGUCUCGGUAGCGGGCAUCAGUGUGGCUAUUGGUCAGCCCCAGAAAGCAGGCGGGCCUGUGCUGACGCCGUCGUUCCCACAGAUGCAGGUCCAGCAGCUGCUUCAGAUGAAGAAGCAGCAGGCGGCGACCGCAGCUCAGCAGAAAGCCGUGCAGACGCAGCAGGGACAGGCCACCGUGCAGCAGAAGAUCGCCACCCAGCAGGUCACAGUGCAGCCCGCCCAGCAGCAGCAGAAGGUGACCUAUGCCACCACGACACAACUCCAACAAGGAAUCAAGACCCAGUUCUUCACUACUUCCAUCUCCCAGGCUCAGAAACCCACAGGGGCCCAACAAAUCCAGGUGGCUAAGCUCCCACAAAUAGUGCAGCAGCAAACCACCGUGGCCAAUAUUCCACAAAUUGUGUCUUCUCCUCAGCAGACUCAGACUGUGACUCUGACCCAGGCCGCCGCGUCGGCGCCGUCACAGCUGCAGAUGAUUUCUGCUGGGACGACGACGGCCCAGGUCGUGCAGCAGAAGAUCCUCCAGCAGCAGGUGGUGACUGCGGCCACCUCCCCCCAGAUCCAGACGCCGCCCCCCCACAGCCCCGCCCAGCAGCCCGCCGCGCCCUCUUCUGCAGAGUCCCCAGUGCAGCAGGCCGCUCAGACCCAACAGCCCACGAAGGGUCAGGCUCGGCAGGGCGGCAUCAGGGCCAAAGCUCCCGCCAAGCCCAGCGGGGGAAGCAUUUAGGAGACGCACACUGAUGAAAGUGAAGUGACCACGUUGUUUUCCUGCAGCACGGAUGUGACGGUACUGAAGUUGUGCGGAGGCGUUCUUAUGGAUCCCACAGCAGCUCUCGCCAGAAACAGAUUCAGCAUCGCAUUGUUAAUCGCAUUGAACCGUUGCCCCAAACAUCUCUAACCCCAACCUCGAACUGAUUACAACUGCGUUCGCCAUCAUUAUUACAGUGCUCAUACCUAGAAUGUUCUGGCAUUUCAACCACAGCACUGCUUUCCAUACUUCCUGUUGGAUCCAUAAUGUUGCUGUUCUGAGUCAACAUUGUUACUUCUGAUCUGUGUCUGUCAUGAGAUGUGGACAUUUGUUGACAUUACCACAACUUUCCCCUUGACUACUGCCCAAAACAUCAAACGACAGACACAACAGUCAUGCCUUCAAGUUCUGAUUAUAUUAUAACUUGAGAUAUCUGAGGCUUAUGGGUAAUUCUGCAUUGGGAAAAGAGCUUUCCUCUAGAAUAAGUGUAUUCAUAAAUAGUCCCUUUUAUGUCUAAUUCAUUUGUUGUCUAUAGAUACUGAAUGGAGAGUAAUGCACGUUCCUUUAGUCAUUUGUUUUUUAUUGCAGCCAAAACACUGUAAACAUGUACUUUAGUAUUUUGUGUUUUCUCAUAAAUUGUCUUUUUUUAUUGAUGUCAAGGGAAAAAAACUGUAAAUAUCAAUGAAAAACAUUUGUACUUGUAAAGUAGGCGUGUUUUCAUUGGGUUUUUUCAGCCUAAUUGUAAUAAAGUGUUUUGUUUUUAUACACAGAUUCAUCUUUUUUCCUUUUGUUUUUUUCAUUAAAUCCGUUGUAACUA